AUGGAUACAAACAUCCAACCUAUCCUUGAGAAAUCGCUUGCGGGAGAACGGUUAGACUUUGACGACUGCCUGACGCUUUUCAAGAGUCACGAUUUACUUGCUCUGGGGCACGCGGCAGAUAUUGCCCGACAACGCAAGCAUCCGGAAGACUACGUCACUUACAUUGUUGACCGAAACAUCAACUAUACCAAUUGGUGUUAUGUUGACUGUGAUUUUUGUGCUUUCUAUCGCCAUCGUCAAGAUCCUGACGCUUAUGUUAUGGAGCGGGAAGAACUGGGGAAAAAGAUACAGGAAACACUGGAUCUUGGGGGUGAGCUGAUUCUCAUGCAAGGUGGAUUGCAUCCGAAACUUAAACUUGACUGGUACGAAGAUCUCCUCCGUUGGAUCAAAGCCAAUUACCGCAUUCAUAUCCAUGGGUUUUCCCCCCCAGAGUUGGACUGGUUUGCCAAGAUAAACCGUAUGUCGUUGCGAGAGAUGCUUCUCCGGUUGCGAGAUGCCGGACUUGAUUCGAUCCCUGGCGGCGGUGCAGAGAUUCUUACUGACCAUGCCCGCAAUGAGAUUAGCCCUAAGAAGUGCACCGCUGAUGAAUGGCUGGAAGUCAUGCGUCAGGGACACUUGGUUGGACUCAAGUCGAGCGCGACGAUGAUGUACGGGCAUGUAGAAAGUUACGCCGAACGUGUCGAACAUCUCGUCAGACUGCGUGAUUUGCAAGAUGAGACAGGCGGAUUUACAGCGUUUAUCUGCUGGUCGUUACAACCCGCCAAUACCCGUAUGGAUCAUAUACCCCCUGCAGGAAGUUUUGAAUAUCUCAAAACACUUGCUAUUUCGCGAUUGUUCUUGGAUAAUUUCGACAACUUUCAAUCUUCAUGGGUAACCCAAGGUCCGAAGAUCGGACAGCUAUCGCUUAAAUUCGGUGCGAAUGAUAUGGGUGGUACAAUGAUAGAGGAGAACGUUGUCAGCAAAGCUGGAACGGUCUAUUGCAUGCCGAUUGAGGAGAUCGAACGCACUAUAACCGAGUUAGGUUAUGUUGCCAAACGCCGCAAUUUCUUCUACGAACUCCUUAAUUAA